UGGAAAUGUCCACACGUGACGGCGGCGCGGGCGCUAUAUGAGGAAAAGGGCAGCAAGCAUCAGGACCAGUUUGGAGUCGGUCGCCGCGCAACCUCAGCAGCGCGCAACACGCAGAGUCGCGCUCCACUCACCGGUCCUGGUUUUCCGCUUUUUAAGAGUGCAACACAUGUGAGUUUUGUUUUUGCUGCGCUACAGGACGCGACUGGGAAGAGUCUUGAGUGAAGGAGACGCAGGUAAACGGAAUCUAAAAGCGUUUGCAGAGACAAGGAAAGGAAAUCCCCCUCUACAGCCACCACCACCACCACCACCACCUUUUUUUUUUUCCUCCUCCUCGACCUCUGUGCUCUCGUGGGGGACACAAGUUUCUCACACAAAAAGGGAUGCUGCAUGUUCCCGAGCCACACUUGCACUCAGAGGGAACCUAAAGUGGACUGGAGCGGAAUUAGCCCACACUUCAUCUGAUGCAAGCGCCAAACCCAAACAGACACUUUUGAGUGAGUAGAGGAUCAGCGCGCCCCAUAAAAUGAUCCCGAUCGGCGACGUGAUACCAUGUCGCAUCUCGUCUGAUGUUUGACAUAUUUGAGGAGCGUCUAAGGAAACUGGGGGGAGGACAUUACAAACUCUGAGAAUUCAUUCCAAGCCCCGCAGCUGCUGCUGGCACCUUUUUACUGGAGUCCGGACAACAGAUCGCCGUCCAGAUGCAGUUUCGACUCUUCUCAUUUGCCCUGAUAGUAUUGAACUGUAUGGAGUACAGCAACUGUCAGGCGCCGUCGCAACGCUGGAGGAGAAACAAAAGAGCUAGCUAUGGAGCGUACCCCAUCUGCAAGGGCUGCUCGGUGUGCUCCAGGGACAACGGCUGCGUAAACUGCCAGCCCAAACUCUUCCUGUUUCUGCGGAGGGAGAGGAUGAGACAGUAUGGGGAGUGUCUUCACGACUGUCCGGCCGGAUACUACGGCAUGCGCAGCCCCGAACUCAACAUGUGCUCCAGGUGCAGGAUAGAGAACUGUGAGUCCUGCUUCAGUAAAGACUUCUGCACCAAGUGCAAGUCAGGUUUUUACCUACACAAAGGGCGCUGCUUUGACAAGUGCCCCGAGGGCUUUGCUCCGCUGGACGACACUAUGGAGUGUGGAGAAGGCUGUGAGGUGGGCCAGUGGAGCGAAUGGGGAGCCUGCACCAGGAGAAACAAAACCUGUGGCUACAAGUGGGGUCUGGAGACCCGGACGCGGCACAUUGUAAAGAAACCACCCAAAGACACAAUACCCUGUCCCACCAUCGCUGAGUCCAGGAUGUGCAAAAUGGCCAUGAGGCACUGCAGGAGAGGUGGCUCAGGGAAGCACCGACCCAAAGAUCCAAAGAAGAAGAACAAGCAAAGGCUGAGGUUUCGCGCCCAGAACCAGCACAGUGACCACUUGGCCUCUGCGCGCUCUAGCCAGUGAGGACUGAAACUGCCCAUUGAACAAAGAACCAACGCGAAGCUGCUAGCCGCUGCUGCACCCAUAUUCUGACCGACGACGAGUCCCACCUGCCUCUCACUCCUUCCCCAACCCCCACACCCACGCCAACCAGGACCCAGCCAUGACUCUACAACAAUAUAUGUCUAAUGUAGAAUGUCAGUAUCAACACACUAAAUACUUGCUUCAUGUCUCUGCCUCCCGCUGCUUCUCCCCUCCUUCAGUGAACAGCGAGGUGACUCUGUUCCCCCAGCCCGACCCCUUGCUUUGCCUUGUGGACUUUACAGUUGACAUUACUGAACUCAUUUCCCUCAUUAAUAUAAUGUCAUUAAUCUUCCCACGUGAUGGAAGACGGACAGGCAACCAGAGACUAUGGAGAUGGGAGAGCUUGGUGGAGAGAGGUUCUUAGGAGUGGAAGUGAGGGAGUCCGGAAAAAAGCCAAAACUGCUCUCGGGUUGGAUCGGCGGGGAGGGGGGUUGAACCAAGGAGGAUAGGAGGAAGAAGAGAUGGAGAGUGAAGAGGCAGAAGAGAUUCAGCUGAAGCAAAUGAUGCCGAUGGACCAGAAAAUGGCAUCUUGAACUGAAAGAGACUUUUUUUUUUUGUUCCUAUAUUUAUGUCAAAGCUACCCUCACCUCCCCUCUAAAUGGAGACCAAGUGUUCCCAUGUGUGGCCUUUAUGUUAUGUACAUUUUUGAGAGUAAUAUUAAUGAAAUUACCAUGCAUAGUUGCAAAGUAUUUUAUUCUCAGCACAAACUGUUUACGUUCAGACCGCUUUAUGCUCUAACUGUAUAGUGUGGAUAAAAAAGAAGAAAUUUAGUUGUUUGACUAGCAUGGCGACAGACUUGUGUACAUAGUUUAUCUGAUUAUGAAAGCUUAUUACUGUAUUUUCAGUAUUGACUUGUUCACCAUUCUAAAUGUUUUAGAGAUAAAAAUGGUUGUAAUACCAAGCUACAGAUUAAAAUGAUUAAAAACAAAUAAUAAACAUAGCCGCAACAUAGCUAUUUCAUUUAUAUGGUAUAUAUUUGAUUUAUUUAUUAAUUCUAUUUUGUACUUUUUUUGUUCAGUGAGAAUUUUUGCCUCAUACUGUUACUCUUAUAUGCGGAAAUAUUCUUUGAGUUUCUUAUAUGCAUAUCUUCACCACGUGGAAAAGGUUUCCGUCUGAUGUCAUGCAAAGUGUUGUAUUACAUUCAUUUGACCUCAUCUACUGAUUUCAGUGUUUUAAAGAAGACGACAAAAAGACAAAGAUAAUUAUGCUUUGACAUAUUCUAGGUUUAAUAAUUAGGAUCCAGCAAAUGUAUGGUCAUAGGACUGCAUAUGUGUACAUUGUGUUUUAUUAAAAUACACUUCAUGUGACUGUA